CACCCACCCUUCAUGAAGGGGAGCAGCCUGCCGCCCUCCAGACGCGCAGGGAAGGGCACGGAGAGGGACGCGCAACGGGCGUUUCAUUCAUUCAUUCACGGCCCCGUCGACGCGCUGAACGCAUUCGCACCGCGGCGCCGCACCGACGGAGAGCGACUCGUUUCCCGCGAGGCCCGAGGAGCUCCGCCCGCUGCAGCCAGGGCUUCGGAGUGUGAGAGGGAGUCGCUCGCCAGGACAAGUGUGAGCCCCUGGACCCCGUAAGCCAAGAGCCGCAGCGCCGACCCUUUUCUUCUUGCAUAGGAGGAGGGAAUGAAACCGGAUGGGGAUACCAUGGAAACCACGGAGACCACCGAAGCCGUAGCAGAGCCCUCCUCGUCGCAGGACAGCGUCACAGAGCAAGCGCCAUCGCGGCCCGAUGAAGCCGCGAAUGACGCCGCUGCGAAGGCCAACGGCAAGCCAGCGGGGGCCGACCCCAAAGUCAAACCGAGAUCCGUUGCGACUAAGAUGCAGCCCGCAGCCAAGUCUGCCGGGGCGUCCGGGUCGCGGCCAGGUACCGCCUCGCUACGUGCGGUGAAACCCUUCAGCUCUACCUCGGCAGCCGCGCUCAAGAAAACUGCCACUACGGCCAAAGCGGCGCCCGCGGCGGGCGCACCGAGGAGACCGGCGGGCGGAGUGGCCGGCUCCUCCACAGUCAAGAACCAGCAGAGAGGGCCUGACAAGAGGCCUUCUGGACCGACCAGAGCCGCCGCUGCCGCUGCUCCCGCUACGGCAACAAACGGUAGCAAACCAGCAGCGUUGAAUGGCCUUCCUAAGGGGAGACCGGAGUCUGUUAAUGUCGCUAGAGCCAAAGCCACCGCUCCUGCCAGCAGAGCAGCGCCGUCCACCGCCCCGAAAGCCUCAAAAGCUCCUGUUGUUUCAAAGACGGCCAGGCCUGCUCCGGGCCCCUCGACAUCUCGAGCUGCGCUCACAUCCAGGGCGCUCACAUCCACGGCGACCACAUCCACGGUCAAGGUCUCCACUGCUGCAACUGCCAAAACCGCUGCGUCCAGAGUCACCGCAGCGCCCUCUACAGGCAGGACUGCAGCGGCUCAGCCUCCAAGAACAGCUGCUGCAAAGAAAGAUGUCAGUCGACCACCGUCUGCUGUGGCGAAGAAACCCGCCGUAGCUACAACUUCCGCUGCCACAAAAAAACCUGAACCAUCUAAACCCACAGCCACCCUAAAGCUCAACUCCGCCUCCAAGGGCCCAGUGUCCGAGAAAAAGGCGGAUCCCAAAAUGUCGCCGUCCAAAGCGUCGCAACCUGCAAAACCUUCUUCCACAAAGAAACCUGUGGCGCCUGUUUGGUUCAAGGACCGCAACAGGCUUCCCCUUGGUCAAACCCCGCCUGCCUCUCCAGCAAGCAGACCAGCACACAGCAGCACACCUCAGGGUAAAGGUAGAAGUAAACCAAUGCAGGCCGUCCCACCUUUCACCGCGGCAAAGAAAACGGGGGUUUUAAAUACUACCAAACAUGCCGGAGAAGCCCAGAGAGCAGCCGGACGGGCAGCUGUGACUGCAGCCGCUGUGCUAGCAGCAACGCAAUCGGAGGCCACGGAGCUCCUCCCACAGGCAUCACCCCUCGCUGCCCCCGCACCACAGGACGACCGGCCCCCAGCGUUGGCCCAGGGUCCCUCCCAGGAGGCGGUACCUCAGGAGCCCGCUCAGGGACAGGGUGCAUCUUACUCUCCUCCUCGAAGCCCCGCCAGGACGACGUCGCCACAGACCUCUCCUCCUCCCCUGGAGCAGCUAGAGAGCAACGCCCACUCGCCAACGACGCGGGAGGAGACCCCUGUCCCAGUUGAGCCGACGCCAGCGCCAGUGGCCUGCCCUCCGUCGCUAUCUGCGGAGGCCGUUCACCUAAACCAAACCCCCUCCACAUCCGUGGCAGCAGCAAAUGCCAUCCCUGUGCUGGUUCCUCACUCCAAUCUAAAUGAGGAGGACGAUGAAGAGGAGAGGGAAGGCAGCCAGCUGGUGUCCGUGUCCGAGAUGAGCGGAACCACGCAGCCCACAGAGGAUUCUCGCCCCGAUUCUGCGGGUCCAGUCGGGGGGUCCCACUGGAGGGCAGGUGGUGCCCUGCUCUCCGAGCUGGACUCCGAGGAUGUAAGCGGCAGCCAGCAGGGCGCGUCGGAGCUGAGUGCCCCCGGCGUCCUGGAGGGCACGGAGAGCAUGGACGACCUGGGAGACGGCAGCCUCAAAGGAGCCAUCGACAUGGAGGGGGCCUCUGCAGGCUCACCGGACUUUGAGAAGGUCCCAGACAUACCGGCGAACGACUUCGACGAGGACGACGAGGAAGACGACCGGGUGUGCGACAUGGACGUGGGCUCAGAGCGGGCAGACAAACCUCAGAGACUCAGGCAUGACAACAACGUAGAUGGUGAGGAGGAGGACGACGAUGAAGAUGUGGAGAUGGCUAGUGAGGGGGUGACGGAGAGCGGGCUGGAGAGCUACGGUAACGCAGAUGAGGACGACUUUGCUGAGGACGAGAGGCUCGAUAACCUGAACCGAGUGGCCGCCCCCCCGCUGCUGCCCUCCUCCCUGGCUGCUCAGUGGGACCAACCAAACCCCUUAGCUGACCCCUGGGCGGAACCUCUUCAGCCACUGCAGGGUCUGGAAAACUCCUCCCAGCCCGCACCUGUGGAGGACGCCUGGCAGGCGGACCCGGAGACCCCAACUCAGGUCUGGCCGGACCGCGGCUCUGCUCCUUUUGAUCCGGAAAACCCAGGAGUUCCCCAUCCUGCUGUUGCCGCCGUCAAAGAGCAGCCCCAAGGUGCACUGGGCCCGAUGUCCGUGGGUGAGUGGGGCCCCGCCCCGACGCAAACCCGGGCCCCCGGCAUGUCUGCGUCCAGCACCCUGAGCAGCGACACCAGCACGCCCGAGGAGCUCUGCGACAACAACGGCGCCGGGAGGCUGCAGCCUGGAGAGGUGCGAGCACCGGCUCUUCCCCCACAGCCUGACCCGCGCCGGGAUGGAGACGAGGAUGCAGAGGCCCAGCCCCCGUCUGCAGACGUGGUUCAGGGAGGCCCCGCCUCCAACCAGUCCUCCACCUCGGUAACGGAAGACGAGGCGAGCGACACCGAGGGGGAGGCUCUGCUGGACGACUCCUUGGAGAGUCUGGUGGUCGGCCACGCCACCUUUGACUGCCAGCCGCCAGCCCAGCGCUGCCUGUCCAUCGUGGAGGAGGUGGAGGAGGGCGCUGCGGGCUUUGACACCACCCCGCCUUCAGCGACGUCGCUGGCGUCUUACGGCUUCGACACCAUGACCACUGCCUCGAACUCCAACGCGCAGUCCACAGGGGAGAGCUGCGUCAAGAGCCCGGGCAUCUUCUCCCUGGAGGAGCUGUCCGAUGAGACCAAGGAGGCCUGUCCCGUCCCGUCGUCGUCGCCGCCGUGCGUCGCCGAGCACAACUACAUCGAUUGCGGGACGCAGCCGGAGGCGGAGUCCGGCGAGAGCUUCAGGGAGGAAGUGCCGCGGCCCGAGGAAGCCCCGAGCACUUUGCAGCCACCAGAGGAGAGCCCAGAUGACACCCAGCCACCCUACUAUUCUAUCUGUGAAAAGACUGAGAACUCUUUUUCAGGCUUUGCCGGGCUGCCCCACCCUCACCGCCGCGAGCACCCUGCUUUCCCUAGAAGCUACUGCGACAUCGUCAAGCCUCACGCCGCCUCCGCCCUCGCCCCGCCCAAGCUGACCUGUGCCGACCUCCCACCCAGGAGCCCCGGGCAGCAGGCGCUGAGCCCCCAGCUCCGCCGGCUGGAGCAACACCAGAGGCAGCUGUUGGAGAUGCAGCAACGCCGGGACCAACAGAGCAGGCCUCUGGAGGAGGCCGAGCAGGAGAGGAAGAGGCGGGAGGAGGAGGAGACGAGGAGGAAGAAGGAGGAGGCUGAGGAGGAGAUCAAGAGGAAUGAGGAGGCGCUGGCGAGGAAGGCGCGGGAGGAUUCCAGGAAAGAGGAGGAGCUGCUGCAGCAGGAGCUGAAGGAGCGGCAGCAGAUCCUGCAGUGGCAACAGGAGCUGCAGCAGCAGUCCAACCAAGGUCAGGUGGCGCCGGUGUCCCCCUCCUCCGGCCUCUGCACCAUCUACGAGGCCCUGGAGGCGAGUGACGAAGAGGAGGGUGAAGGAGACUGGGGAAGGGAGGCCACAGUAGAGACGACUGAGGAAGAGAGGGGUACGCUGGGGAAUGGGGGGCUCCGAGACUCUUCGCAGUCCACCCACAGCUCUUCUCCUCUUCCUCCCCCCCCUGACUCCCCUCCGACAUCCAGCGACCCCUCCCAGGACGGGGACAGCUCUUCUCCCGAGUCGCCGGAGCGCUCCGCCCCCCAGGAGCUGGACUGGGGGAAGAAUGUGGACAUCGUCCAGCAGCUGAUCAACCAGAGCCUGCUGCUGAACAGAGACGGCUGCUCGUCCCUGCUGCUGCUGCCGGGGGGGGCCGGGGGCACGCUGAGCCCCCUGGAGAGCAGCCUGUGGCCCAGCCUGCUGCCUCCGCUCACGCCUCCCUCCGCCACAGUCACCUCCGUCAGCAGUUUCUCCCCAGAGACCACCGGUAGCUCCCCGCAGGGCGAGUGGACGGUGGUGGAGCUGGAGACUCAUCACUGAGGGGAGUGUGUGUGUGUGUGUGUGUGUGUGUGUGUGUGUUCACAUCCACUGUGCUCUAGAUGUGUGUCAACCUCAGGAGAACCACUGUACAUAGGUUGAAGGGCUGGACUUAUGUUUCUGUACUACCCGGCUCUGGAGGAGGACACAUAAACUAGUGUUUUUAGAUCACUGGUUCCCAAGCAACAUGGGGGUUUCAAGCUUUCACCAAAAUAUAUACUUCAUUUUUAUUUUGUCUUUUCAAACUACUGAAUUGAUUAUUCAAAUAGAGCAAUCUGAGAUCCGGGCCCAACCUGCAGACGGAGUUGACACUCUGCGUUAAGGAGUUAAGUGUUUGGGUAUAUUGACAAGUCACUAGAGGGAGGCA